UUGUUGUAUACUGUAAGUUCAUCCUCUCAGCAAAAGGUGGCGCUGUAAACUCAAAGAAUAGAGUUUUUUUUUUUUUUUUUUCUGAGCGCUGAGUUCGUCCAGUGGUUGUUUGUCAAGAGAAGGAAAACUUGUUACACCUCACCUGGAUACCGAGUGGACAUGAAAAGCCAAAGAAAAGUUUAAUCGACAAUAUUCUGUCAAGCAAACCAUGAGUUUACGGAUGCGAUAGAUCUCAGAGCGCUAACUGAAGUCUACAAACAUGGUGAAGAAUGGAGCAAUGCAGAAGAGCAAGCAGUGGAAUGUGAGGAGAGCUGUCUGGCUGGCGGCCAUUUUUCAUUUCCUCCAUUCCUGUGGAUCUGGUUGCCUCCUCCCCUUCCUGACCCUCUACUUCCGGCACCUGGGUCUCAGCGCCUCCAUGAUCGGAAUCAUCAUGGCCUCCAAGCACCUGCUGGCCUUGGUGUGGCGCCCGUUGUCUAGCUUCCUCGCCAGGCAGUACGACAAACGGCGGACGGUCAUAGUGGGCUCUCUGCUCAGCUCGGCAUUGGUGGUCUUGACUCUUCUGCUCUUUCCGUCCACAGGAAUCCAAGCUGAAAGUGGACGGUGUAACACUAGUCAACCCGAUGCUGAUCCUACCACCAUACUAGAGUGGACGACGGAUCCAUCGCAAUCAAACGCUACUGUUUACUCAAUAAACCAAACAUCUGUAAGUACCGAACCCCCUGUCGAAGUUACCAUGCUUGUAAGCUCCAACUGGACAGCAAGAGGCCUGAGGUCUUUGAAGAAGCCUCAACAGGAAGAAGACCCUCACACAGAGUUCCUGGGAAGCCUGAAAGUUAUGGAUGCCCAGCAUCAAAUGUUCUUUCUAGUUCUCAUUGUGAUGGGUGUGUGGGAGUUCAUGGCCGCCCCGUUGGAAUGGACAGCUGAUGAUGGACUCUACGAAUACUUGGAUUUCGUAGACGCCACCGACCACCAUAAUGGCAUGAAGGUCUGGAAGCAGCUUGGAGCUGCUUUCGGCAACUGUGCAGUUGGAGUUCUUGUAACCAGCCUGUUUUGUCUUGCAGGAACUACGGUGGAGUUUUACUCCUACACUAUAUUCAUGAUCCUAACCGUGCCUACAGCCGCCCUGCUUCCAAUCUACCUCCGCAAGCGUGAGCGACCAACUAGUACAGGCUUUAAGGCACUACAAUUGGUUUAUGGGAACUCGCAGGCGAUACUUUGUGCAGUCACUGUUAUUCUGAUGGGCAUGGUGAACUCAGCCGUGUCAGAUUUCCUCUUAUGGCACAUGCAGGACUGCGGUGCCACGGAAAUCCACAUGGGCAUCUCUUUAGCCUUGGCGCACUUGAGCCAAGCUAGCUUUGCUCCAAUCGCUGGUCAUGUCUCCCGGUUUCUGAAGUACCACGGUUGGUUACUAGUCCUCGCUGUUGUUGGUUUAGCCCUGCAGUGUCUUUACUACUCCUUUCUGUGGGGCCCGUGGGCCGUGAUACCCGCUCAACUGCUGGCAGGCUUCAGCUCCGGCGCCCUCUGGUGGUCCAUAACAUCACAGAGCGAAGACAUCGCUACUCCCGGCACUGAAAAGACCAUUAUAAAGCUGUUUGAAGUACUUUCUCUGGAGCUGGGAGCAACGUUUGGCAGUCUGGCGGCUGGGUUUGUGGUGCAAAAGUUUGGCGUCCGAGUGCUUUUCCAAGGCACCGCGGUCAUUCUGGGUUUGUGGAGUAGCGCUGUUGCCGUACUCAAGUGGAAGAUUCCUCGGCAGCGCCGGAUAAACUACUCACGGCUGCUGGCCACUGACACCGAGAUGAGCGAGUCGGAGUCAGAUCAGGAGAAAGACUGGCUUGAGACGGCUAUGGAAGACACUCUGGGCAAUAACAAGUGGACCAUAAAUAAGUCUUAAUCAAUGGAAGGAAAUAAGUGACUUGUUAACAGUCGGCAAAUAAAAAAACUAAGAGCGAGAUCUCACUAAUACUGUUCAGUAUCUGCAAUUAAUAUUUUUUUUUUACUCCUACUCUGUAUUUCUGUCAUGUUUUCCAAUGUAAAUAUCUAAAAAAAGGAACAAUUAAAUGAAUAUGUAUUUACUUGAGAAGUAUAAUGACAUAAACAAGGACACGAGUCUUGUUUUCUAAGAAAAUGUACGACACGAAAAAUGAUUCAAUAUCUUAUGUCCUUAUAGUUCUUGAGAAAUUAAGUCUUGUUUUCUGAUAAAAAUUAUCAAAAUGAAUUACGUUUAUGUGUAUAACAAGAAAACAAAUUUCUCUCUCAAUGGGUUCAGAAGAAUAACUUCAUUCAUAUGGAAAACAAUAUUAAUAUUCUUCCCUCAUUGACACCACAUUAAUGACUUAAUAUCUUAACAUCUCAAGUCAUUUUCCUUCUCAAGUAAAUGCGUCUUGAUUUAGUUUUGAAUUUUUAGUUUUGGAAAGCAAGAAUAAUUUUUUUUUUUUUUUUUUUUUGCAGUCCAUAAGGGAAUUUUCUCAUUCAUCUUUAUCAUAAUAACAUACAUCAUGAAUGAAGUUACAGUAUAUCAAUCUAUAACUCUCUCAUGUCAGAUACAUUUUUAUUUGGGAUUAUUUAAAGCUUUGAGAGGAGAAUUAUAGCUCAGAUUACCAAUAGGAUAUGUGAAUAUCCUAAAAUGUAAAUCAUGUUUUGUGUGUGAAGAUCUGUUGUUUUAACAGUUCAGCUCUUGUAUAAACUGAAGGGGUGGAGAUGAACUAAUCUUUUUUUGUUUCCUCUUUGCCAAACAGCAAUAAUCACGUGAGCAAAUAGUGUCUAUUGUUUCCUCUUCACACCCUUUCAUUAUCACUUUGCAGAUAUGUGUGAUCUGAAGCUAAGCCUCAGUUACACGUUAUGCAGAAACCGUUUUAUUUAUUGUGCACGAGGCACUCACGUUCUCCACAAUUAGGGUUCACUUGAACAAGAUAAUCAUAAUGAAAGUGUAUUGCUUCUAGUUUAAGGGAUUGUGAACGAGAUGUUUGACUUCGAAAUUGAGUUUGCCAAACCUGUUUUGAGUGGGGGAAAAUGUUCCCAGACUUGUUCUUGAGUAAAUGUUCUUGUACAGCUGGUCUACAGAGAGUAGAGCAGUGUAUUUGAGACUGAUAACUUUUUUUUUUUUAAGGAAAUGAAGGAUGGGGAUAAAUAUUAAUGUUAAAAAAAAACAUCUAUUAAAUGAUUAUUUCCUGGCGUUUGUCAUUUUGUCUAAAUGUCUUGAUAAGCUUUGUCCAAUGUAAGGUUUACUUUGACCCAGCUUGAAUAAUUUCAUGGCAUUAUGUAAAUAAAUCAGUGAAUGCAAA